UGUCUUGCGUUGUGCCGCCCUUUCCUGCACCGCUAAGCCUCCCUGAUCGCUCUUGUUUUCCAGAGUGCUGCUUCUCUUUCCCGCGCGGUCUACACCUCCUUCCCACCAGGGAUAAUGGCGACAGCUGAGGUACUGAACAUUGGGAGAAAACUCUAUGAGGGUAAGACAAAAGAAGUCUAUGAAUUGUUAGAUAAUCCAGGAAAAGUCCUCCUUCAGUCCAAGGACCAGAUUACAGCAGGAAAUGCAGCUAGAAAGAACCAUAUGGAAGGCAAAACUGCAAUCUCCAAUAAGAUUACCAGCUGUAGUUUUCAGUUGUUACAGGAUGCGGGUAUCAAAACUGCUUUCACCAAGAAAUGUGGGGAGACUGCUUUCAUUGCACCCCAAUGUGAAAUGAUUCCGAUUGAAUGGGUGUGCCGAAGAAUAGCAACUAGAUCUUUUCUCAAAAGGAACCCUAGUGUAAAGGAGGGGUAUAAGUUUUACCCACCGAAAGUAGAGACGUUCUUCAAGGAUGAUGCCAAUAAUGACCCGCAGUGGUCUGAGGAGCAGCUUAUUGCUGCAAAGUUCUGCUUUGCUGGACUUAUUAUGAGCCAGACUGAAGUUGACAUCAUAAGUCAUGCUACCCAAGCUAUAUUUGAAAUCCUAGAGAAGUCCUGGCUUCCCCAGAACUGUACACUGGUUGACAUGAAGAUUGAAUUUGGUGUUGAUGUAACCACCAAAGAGAUUGUUCUGGCUGAUGUUAUUGAUAAUGAUUCCUGGAGACUCUGGCCAUCAGGGGAUCGGAGCCAGCAGAAAGACAAACAGUCUUACCGUGACCUCAAGGAAGUAACUCCGGAAGGACUGCAGAUGGUAAAGAACUUUGAGUGGGUUGCAGAUCGAAUGGAGUUACUCCUGAAGUCAGACAGUCAGUGCAGAGUUGUAGUGCUGAUGGGUUCCACUUCUGAACUUGGUCACUGUGAGAAAAUUAAAAAGGCUUGUGGAAACUUCGGGAUUCCAUGUGAACUUCAAGUAACAUCUGCCCAUAAAGGACCGGAUGAAAUUUUGAGGAUUAAAGCAGAGUAUGAAGGGGAUGGCAUACCUACUGUAUUUGUCGCAGUGGCUGGCAGAAGCAAUGGUUUGGGCCUGGUGAUGUCUGGUAAUACUGCAUAUCCAGUUAACAGCUGUUCCCCCAUCAUACCACACUGGGUUGCUCAGGAUGUGUGGUCAUCCCUUCGACUGCCCAGUGGUCUUGGCUGUUCAACUAUACUUUCUCCAGAAGGAUCCGCCCAGUUUGCUGCUCAGAUAUUUGGGUUAAACAACCAUUUGGUAUGGGCCAAACUUCGAGCAAGCAUUCUGAACACAUGGAUAUCUUUAAAGCAAGCUGACAAGAACAGAGAAUGCAAUUUAUAAAAAUAAAAAAAGUAA